UGUAUCGACAGUGAAACUAAACUUGAAAGGCAUUUAGCUCGCAAAGUCUUUCAAACUAAACAAAUCUCUACAGUAGACCCUGUUUCUGUGAUUCUCUUUUGACACCACAAACAGACCCACAAACACAUGCAGAUAUGGCUACUUCCAGCAGUCUCCUGUCUGAAGAGCAGUUCCUUUGUUCUAUCUGUCUGGAUGUGUUCACUGAGCCUAUCUCCACUCCAUGUGGACACAACUUCUGCAAGGACUGUAUCAUAAAGUACUGGGAUAGCAAUGACCUGUGCCAGUGUCCCAUGUGUAAGGAGAAAUUCUACAGGAGACCUGAGCUUCGCAUCAAUACUUUCAUUUCUGAGAUGGUUGCUCAGUUCAGGAAAUUAGUUCAGUGGAAAGCUACCAGCAGUCCAGGCCAACGCCCAGCCAAACCUGGAGAAGUGUCCUGUGACUUCUGCACUGGGAUGAAGCUCAAGGCCCUGAAGUCCUGUCUGGUGUGUCAGACCUCUUACUGUGAGACUCACCUGGAGCCUCAUCAGAGAGUCGCAGCCUUAAAGAGACACAAGCUGAUCAACCCUGUGGAGAACCUGGAAGACAGGAUGUGUAAGAAGCAUGACAGACCUCUAGAGCUGUUCUGUAGGUCUGACCAGACAUGUCUUUGUGUCUUGUGUUUGAAAACAGACCACAUGACUCAUGACACUGUCCCUCUAGAGGAAGAGUAUGGAGAGAAGAUGGCUAAACUGGGGAAAAUUAUGGCAGAGGUAGAACAGAAGAUGCAUACACAUUUUAGAAAGGUUAAGGAGAUCAAACACUCAGUAGAUCUCAGCAAGAGAGACACAGAGAGGGAGAUAUCCGACAGUUUGCAGGUCUUCACUGAUCUGGUGCGCUCCAUUGAGAGAAGCCAGGCUGAGCUCAUUGAGGUGAUUGAGGAGAAGCAGAAAGCAGCAGAGAGGCAGGCUGAAGGGCUCAUUAAAGAGCUGGAGCAGGAAAUCACUGAACUAAAGAGGAGAAGCACUGAGCUGGAGCAGCUCUCACACACUGAGGACCACCUCCACCUCCUCCUGAGCUUUCCAUCACUCUGCACCACUCCAUUCACCAAGGACUGGUCUGAGAUCAGUGUUCACAGUGAUCUGUGUGUGGAGACUGUGAGGAGAGCUGUGUCUCAGCUGGAGGAGACACUGAAUAAAGAGAUGGAGAAGCUGCCUGAAGUCAAACUGAAGAGGAUUCAGCAGUAUGCAGUGGAUGUGACUCUGGAUCCUGAUACAGCACAUCCCAAUCUCAUCCUUUCUGAAGAUGGGAAACAAGUGAGAUAUGGAGACACACGGACGAAUCGUCCUAAUACCCCAAAGAGGUUUGAUAGAUUUUUUAAUGUCUUAGGAAAGGAGGGCUUCUCUUCAGGGAGAUUGUACUAUGAGGUGACAGUCAAGGGGAAGACUGACUGGGAUUUAGGAGUGGCCAGAGAGUCCAUCAACAGGAAGGGGAAGAUCAAACUGAGCCCUGAGGAUGGAUGCUGGACUGUAUGGCUGAGGAAUGAAAAUGAGUACAGGGCUCAUUCUAGCCCCACUGUCCCCCUCUCCCUGAGAGAGAAGCCCCAGAAUGUGGGAGUGUUUGUGGAUUAUGAGGAGGGUCAGGUCUCCUUUUAUGAUGUGGAGGCCAGGUCUCUUAUCUACUCUUACACUGGCUACACCUUCACAGAGAAACUUUAUCCAUUAUUCUGUCCCUGUUUGAAUGAAGGUGGUAAAAACUCUGCCCCUCUGAUCAUCACUCCUGUCAAUCAGACAGAAUGACUUUUAACCUGAAAAUCUAACUGACCAGUCACAUUUGUUAAUUUAGAAUGAAUCAUUAACAUGAUGAUUAUCCAGCAGCAAUGUAAUAUAUUACCAAAUCUCUCCGUGCUCAUAAUAAAAUAUUUUUUGUGAUACAAUUUUCACACAACAUAAAAAAAUGAACAUCAACAAACAAAGCAGACACAACAAACACAGUCAACACCACACAAUGUCACUCAUAAAGUAUGACUUCACAUCUGGGAGUUCCAUU